CGUUUCAGCACAUCAACCAAACAGCAAAAAGAAGAAGUGGGAAAGUUUGUGAUUCUAAAUGCAAAAUUUCUCUUGCUAAUUGUGAGCGACAGCGGAAAAUUUGCGAAUUUCCUAUCGCCGCUAGGAUACGGUGGUCCUUUUCCUGGUCAGAGUAUGAAAAAGUGCGUGCCUGUGUGUGUGGAUCGUGAAGGUUGAAAAAUUGUAGCCAAAGUUUGGUGCCAGAGCCAAGUGUGUAGAACGCACUCCCAUGCGAGCCAUAGAGGCCAGCGAAAGAAAUCGAUAUACAACUUUCCAUUGAAUCGUGUCCUGCGCAUGGUGGUCCUGUGUGUAGGCCGUGCUGUGCGAGCUUCUAUUCCCUUCAAGAAAUAGAACUCCUGAAGCAGACCCUCGUCCAUGGGGGAGCGCUAUGGUGCCCCUGUGACCUAAGGUGUGUGUGAUAUUAUAUCCUUCCAAUUGCAGCUCCAUCGGGUGUUCGGUGCUGCCUGUCGUCCGAAUAAAGUGAUGCCAGUGCGCGAGUGAAAAUACAUGAGAAAUAGCCCAGUGCAAAGAGGGCCGUGAAAAAAGAAGGUUACUACGCCUACUACGAUAGUGAGUGUUGGGCAGUGCGAAAGAAUAUUUGCUGUACGGGAGUGCCCACAGUGCUUCGCCCAGAACACAGUGCAUGGAUAUUUUGGUCGGUGGCCCUUCCCAUUGAUAAACGGGAACCCCCAUCCGCUGGUAGAACCCGCGAGUAGAACGUAGAGCGGAUAUCUCGCCUUGCUGCUGUUAUCACCUACAACCACCACCACACCAUGAACGCAUCCGACCCAUUCGUGAUAACCUCCCGCGAGAGGCUCAAGUACGAGGACCAGUUCAAAUCGCUGCAACCGGUCGAUGGUGUCGUGACGGGCGGGCAGGCCAAAGGAUUCUUCCUGCAGAGCCAACUGCCCCCGCAGAUACUCGGUCAGAUAUGGGCCCUCGCCGAUACGGAUGCCGAUGGGCGUAUGACGCUCGGUGAGUUCAGCAUCGCCUGCAAGCUGAUCAAUCUGAAGCUGCGUGGAUUUGAAGUUCCGAAGGCACUUCCUCCGACACUGGUCGCAUCGCUCACUGCCGUCGGUGGAACGCCGAUACUCACCCCCACUUCCGGUCUGAGCCCGCUCGAUCCGCUCAAGUCACUGUCCGGUUCGAUUGUUCCACAGGCCGUACCGCAAGUUGUUCCGCAACAGGCUCAGCCCCCGAUGAUGGUUCCGCACGCUGUAGUGCCUCCGUUGAUGAACAAUCAAAUGAUUGCGUCCCAGGUUCCGGUAAUGGCCGGUGGCGUGGUACCACCCAAGCCGGCCCUUCCACCACAACCACUGAUCGGUGUGACCGCACAGGCUCCUCUCAUUCCGAUGGGACAGCAGCCACUGAUUCCGGGAGUACCGACCAUUCCGGGCAUGGCACCUGCUCCAGCUGUCAUGCAGCAACCGCUCAUCGGAGGACUGGUAGGAGCUGCUCCGACCAUUCCACCAACUGCAGCCGUAAAGCCGUUGAUUGAUCCUCUUGGAGGUGUCGGUGCGGUGCCGCUGGUUGCCGGUGUAGCACCGGUCGUUCCGGCACCACCGACACCGCCCCAUUCCGGUGGCGGUACACCAGCCCGCUCCAUGUCAAUCUCGGAACGGGCUCCUUCUAUUGAAUCUCCAGGACAACUCGAGUGGGCAAUCAAGGGUCCGGCGAAGCUGAAGUACACCCAGCUCUUCAAUACGACUGAUCGCAACCGUAGCGGAUUCCUGACCGGGCCGCAGGCACGCAACAUUAUGGUGCAAACCAAACUUCCGCAGGCAAUGCUCGCCCAGAUUUGGGCCCUAGCCGAUAUGGACACCGAUGGCCGGCUUGGUUGUGAAGAGUUCGUGCUGGCAAUGUAUUUGUGUGACAUGGCCGCGGCCGGCGAAAAAGUUCCCGCCACGCUGCCACCCGAGCUGGUACCACCCUCCUUCCGCAAGGCUUCGUCGCGGCAUGGUUCGGUGGUCGGUUCACGCCAUGGUUCCGUAUCGUCACAGGGCGCUCCGGUGCAUGCUGCCGUUGAGCUUGAUCCGCUGUCCGGGUUACCGCAAACAUCGUUCGAAGAUAAGCGUAAGGAAAACUUUGACAAAGGUCAGGCAGAGCUCGAACGCCGAAGGAAAGCAUUGAUGGACAUUCAAAAGAAGGAACAGGAGGAACGUGAACGCAAAGAGCGUGAAGAACAGGAAAAGAUCCGUAAGGCAAAGCUCGAGGCAGAAAUGAAGAAGCAGCAGGAGCUGGAGAAAGAAUUGCAGCGCCAACGCGAACUCGAACAGGAGCGAGAGGAGCAGCGCAAACGAGAGCUCGAAAAGAAGGAACUUGCUCGAAAGGAACUAGAAAAGCAACGUCAGCUCGAGUGGGAAACACAGAAGAUAGCGGAAAUGCAGCAGCACAGGCAGCGUGAGCAAGAGAACGUGCUCAAACUAAAAGCGCAAAAUCAAUCGUUAAGCGUCGAGCUGAGCACGUUCAACGAGCGCAUCAAGGAGCUGUCGCAAAAGAUCUGCGACACGCGCGUUGGUGUCACCAAUGUGAAAAGUACGAUCGACGGCAUGCGUACGACGCGUGACACACAGAUGGCGGAAAUGACACAGCUGAAGGCAAAGGUGAAGGAACAGAAUCAGCGGUUGGUGCAGUUAAGCCAGGAGAAGGCUAAGCUGGACGCGAAGAGCAAGUCAGGCGAAACGGAAAGUCAGCUUCAGUUCACCAACAAACAGAUCAUCAUACAGCAGCUGAAGGACAAGCUAGAAAACACCAAGCAACAGAUCGAGAAUAAAACGACCGACAUUAAUCUGAACCGAGAUCAGCUGAUCGAGCUGAAAUCGCAACUGACCGAUCUGAUUGAUGCCUGCGAGAAGCUGUAUGGUGAAUACGAUAUGCAGCGGAUUCAGAUCUUGGAGAUGAAAAAUAAUCGUAAAAACGAAUCGUACACUAGCGCAUGGGAUACGUCCAGCUCGUGGGGCACUUCGGAUACCGCAACGCACGCGGUAACCAACAGCGAACCGGCACCGGUGGCUAACGUCACUGCCACGGCUGGCGAUGAUGUGCAAACGCCACCGGGAUACGUGAAGUACCGUGCGAUCUACGAGUUUAGCGCCCGAAACAGCGACGAGAUUUCAUUCCAACCUGGUGAUAUUGUGAUGGUACCGCUAGAGCAGAAUGCAGAACCGGGUUGGUUGGCGGGUGAAAUAAACGGCCACACCGGUUGGUUCCCGGAAUCGUUCGUUGAAAAGGUUGACAGCAACCUGAACGUGGUGGAAGCUCCCGCUCCAGAAACGAUAGCUUACAGUGAACCGGCAGCGGAGUUUACGACCGCACCGGUCGAUGACUAUCAGCCGGCGAACGAUAAUACAGAGGCUACUUGCAACGGUGACGUUGAGUAUUAUGUCGCGUGCUACGCCUACCAAUCGGCUGAAGCAGGUGAUCUGGUGUUCGAUGCAGGUGAAACGAUUGCGGUGUCGAAGAAGGAGGGCGAUUGGUGGACGGGCACUAUUGGCAACCGGACUGGCAUUUUCCCUUCGAACUACGUGCAAAAACAGGAAGGCGAAACAAUGAACGGCAACCAGACGGCAUAUAACGAGCAGCCGGCGCACCAGGAACCGGAACAAGCAGCGCAAACGUACGAGCAGGAGAUUAAACGCAAGCAAUCAACCACCGCCGCCGGCAGCAAUACUCAGGACGCCGAGGAUGCACGAAACCAGGCCGAACUCGACUCGGAAGUGUCGCAGAUCAAUACUCAGCCACCGUCUGGUGCGGCAGCAAACGAAGAAAACAUUCGCUACUCCUCCAUGUCCAUGACGUCGGCCACGCCCAGCCUCCGGCGGAAGGGCGAAGUGGCGCAGGUGAUUGCACCGUACGAAGCGACCAGCUCCGAACAGCUGUCGCUGCAGCGAGGUCAGCUAAUAAUGAUAAGAAAGAAGACCGAUUCCGGUUGGUGGGAAGGUGAACUGCAGGCAAAAGGACGUCGCCGGCAAAUUGGAUGGUUCCCGGCGACUUACGUCAAAAUAUUGCAGGGUGGACGAAACAGCGGCCGCAACACGCCCGUGUCAGCGAGCAAGGUAGAGCUGACGGAAACUAUUCUCGACAAAGUCAUCGCACUGUACCCGUAUAAAGCACUGAACGACGACGAGCUGUCCUUCGAGAAGGACGAUAUCAUUAGCGUGCUCGGGCGGGAUGAGCCGGAGUGGUGGCGCGGCGAACUGAACGGCACCACCGGUCUGUUUCCGAGCAAUUACGUCGGCCCGUUCGUGUCGUCCGGCAAUGUAUAACGGGCAGCAGGGCUUUCCGCUACGUUCACCAAAGCCCAUAAUGACGCGUUACACCGGGGCGGCUUAGACCGUGGUUUCGGCUGGUGUACCGACCCGGGCACCGCCGACAGCACCAGCGGCAACCAUUGUCAGACCGAUUAUGGUUACAACAACGACGAGUACAGACAGCCAGCGGACGGUGCGGAGGACGAUCGACACAACAACAACAAUAAGCGAUACCACAACAAUAAAAUCAAUAACUCUAAAGCUAACUAUAAUAACAAUAACUGUAAUAACGAAACUACAAUGAGCAACAAUAACGAUAUUAAUCAAUGCAACAAUAAUCAGCUAAUGAUGCGAGCAUUUCACGUGGCCAGCCGCAGCCAGGCAAUGCCACAGUAGCAGCAGCAGCAGCAGCAGCAGCAGCAGCAGUAGCACUUUAGCAAAUAUUAACAAACAACCCCACUGUUAUAGGUGUAAUAAUGUAAAUGUAGCAUCGAAACGAUUGUUUUGAUUCGGAGGAAGAAGCGACCGACAAAGCCAGUGGCACAGGGACACUUUCCUUGCAUCUGUGUGUGUGGAGUUCAUGAUCGCUGCAGCAGCUGCUCCACAAACAAAACACGCGCAUAGUAGUAUUCUAUUUACAUACAAUCAUCUAAUACAACUUCGCACCCUCUCUAGGAGGGUGAUAUGCGAAUAGGCCCUGUUGUGAGUGGCAAGCAAACAAGUAUUAUCCGUUUUUUUUGUUUCGUUUUGUAGUUGCAAAGGUCGUCCGUCAGGGCCAGUAUUCAGCAGCCAGGCAGCAACUCAGGUGUCUAUCACUCGGUGUUUUAACUCCAUACACACUCCUCCCCCGGGCAGGGCACAGUUGAUGAUAUCAGUUUGCAAAGUAUUAUUCCGUAACGCCACAGAAGAAAAAGGUAGCCAUUUUGUAGAUAUUAAAACGUUCGCGGAUCAGAUCAGUUAAAACCGCCCAUUUACCUUUGGAGGGCAUUUAAAAGCAAUGGAAGAAGUCACAAUCAGCUCUGUCGGGAUUGGAACGUUGUUAAGUUAGUGAAUUGCGCAUUGAGUUGUGUUUCGUUUGUUACUGUUAGCGAAAUGCGAAAACAUUCCUCUGGAUGAGUUUAUUUAUUAUCUUCCACGGAAGGGAUGGUCACAUAAUCGAUAGAAAUAGGGAUCCACCUCCAUACUGGUAGGACAUCUACUCUUUGGCUUGUUACAUUUCCAUGAAUGCUAGUGAUUAUUAGAAGGAAACGUUAAUAUAGCAGAAUAGCUGUGAAUCGAACCGGUUCUGUCCUUCGGUUUUGUUUGGUUUGGUAAGGAUGGCAAUGAUUAAAUUGAGCAGGUGAGCAUGCAUGCAACCGUGCAGUUUGCGCUUACACAUAUGCAUCCUGAGACAUCCUUUUGCCGCAGGGUGCAUUGUUUAUAUAGUUACUAAUUCUUAUGAUUAGCAGGGCGCGGCGGCUAGCUAUUAAGGCGGGUGUGUAACAACUUCAUUACAAAAACAAUCGUUUCUCGGUACAAUGUGAUUAGGUAUGAUUCGUAUGAUUCUUAUUAUCCGCGAGGAAGCCAACAAAACUGCGUUACAUCUAGGCCGACAAUAUUUUGUGCCGUGUUUUGUGGUGCGUUAGGACAUUUCGAUUGUUUCCGGGGGGUUUUGUUUUGUUGUUGUUGUCGGAAUACUUCUCAUCUCACCGUGUGUAGUCGUCGGCAGGGGUAAAAACCGGACAUACAUUGUAAGCAUACCUUUUACCUUAUAAUUACGUAUAGACAUCGUUAUUUAUUGCGAACGGCGAAGUAUCGGCCGUAUCGCCGCCCCCAACAAAUCACGGAAUAUCAAUUAAAAUCGCAAAGCAAACACUGCUCGUUACGCUAGUAAGAACAACACAAAACCCAUCAAACAAAAAACUCGUUACGCAAAAUGCUAGGAAGAUUAACUAAAUGAUGAAAAUGAGAAGCAUAUAUAAAUAUAUACAUACAUACAUAUACAUACAUAUAUACAUAUACAUAUAUAUUUAGAACUUAAACUGUGCCCUAUCCUAUUAUUCGACGAACGCUAAAACCUCUCGCAAAUACUUUACGCGUGCUUUACGGCAGAGCCUUCCACACCGGGGACAUCCGGACAUCUUGAAAUCGAUACAAUUGCUCGACUCGGAGGACGAUUUUCUACCAGCCUAGGGAUGGACAAUCAUGAUUCAUGAAAAUAGUAGCGGUGAAGUUGAGACACAUUGUGCUAUAUUACUCUUGAUGCGAUUUAAUCGUACAAUUUUAAACAGAUAAUAGUUCAUCGCCAUUACUUUGCAUUGCUAAAAACACAUGUCCGAGACAAUUUUACUUUUAGCUUUCAAAUUUGAACCGACAUUCCGAACACUCGUGUCUAAUAAGUUCGAACAGGUACAACGAGCCCAGCAAUUGUUGCGAUCUCAAGAUGUCCAGAGCUUUCCGGUUGUGCACAGGCACAGUGCUGCGAGGUUCGGAAGCUGCAGCUCUCGGAGUCGGAAUCGUACACGCGACAAAGGUUAUUUCUUCAGAAAGUGUUAUUUAGUAUGCUACUGCAAGCGUUAAAUGAAUUUAGUAGCGGAUAGAAUGGCGGAUGACGUUGAACGUUCUCUCUCUCUUUCUCACUCUCUCUCUCUCUCUCUCGCUCUAAACUCCAUAUCUAAACGAACGGUUCGGCAGCAAAGUUCUGGUUGAUAGUGUUUAGGUUGUAGCUGCUCCAUUCCCUCUCGGUCCUGUGGUGUAACGAACGUUCGAAACAUUCACACCGUCUCUCAAUGCUCACAUUACAACAUAUAUGCGACACAGGUGCGCAAAUCAUCCCGUACGACUCACUCGCUCUAGUCGCUCCCGCACCAGCUACCAAUACCAGGAUUUCCCAUAUUUGUGUAUAUUGUGAAUUCCUUCGGGCAAAACCAUGGCGCAGGCAAAUGGCAUCCAAGCAAAAGUACUUCCCAAAACAAGCAAAUGUAUGUGUGCUUGUUGUAUGUUGUAAAUGUAAAAACAAAAAUUGGUCAAACAAAAGCGAAACAGAACAACCCAAAAAAGAAAAAUACAUAAGACCAAAUAAAGUGGAGAAUGAAUGCAAAAGUAAGUAAAAGCUUACAGUGAAAAGUGGCUCCACCCAUUUUGCACCCAACAGCAACUCAACCCGCUAGGGAAAACGAGAUAUGGAAAGAAAUAGUUUUACUUGACACAACUCCUCGUUUUUCACCCCCCAAUCUUCUUCGAUGCUGUUCAUGCAUUGCAUAUCAACUGUUGUUUUAUUUCGUUUAUUCGGUGUAGAAGUGAAUGUUGUACAAACUUAGUUUACCCAAAUCUGCAAUAGGACGUGAUGCAGAUAAUCGUUCAGUAGACGACACGAGACUCGAGUACGAUUGCUAAGAGUAAACAAACGCAGCUUACCAACACUGUACCACUACUGCAAAGGACAAUUUAACUCAAACAAUAUAUUACCACUAUAAUAAUGUAGAAACGGCUAAAAAGCACGCUGGUGCAGAGCAUUAAUCACCUAAAAUCGCAAACUCAGCUAUACGAUACACUGAAGCGAACAAUCGCACGUGUGUCCGGAAACAUUUUGCAAACCUUUCAUAUGUUGGUAAUAGGUGUAUAUGUUCGAUGUGUGUGUUGUUCAACUUAACAAAGCAAAACUUAAAAUCAAUGAAAAAUAGAGCGCAAAAGGAACAAACAGUACGAUUAUUUAUCCGUUUUCCCGUAAGCUGCUGGAUGGAUGGGUGGGAAAACAUUACGGGCGAUGAAGUCGUCGAAAGCAUUUAACACCUAGCACAACACACUUGAGACAAAUAAGCUGCAGCCAUUAGCUCCAUUAGGCAAAGCAAAUGUAUAUGUCGCACCAGCAGCAGCUCCACACGGUUGAAGGAAUGGGGGUGACACCGCGCGAUCGAGAAAUGUAAUAUUUAUGCAAACUGUGCGGCACAUUACAAAGCAAGACGGUGAGCAAGUUGCGAGCUGACCACCACACAAUUUCACCUAAUUUACAUGUAUAGCAAACCAUAACAAACAAACAAAGAAAACGUGAAUAAACAUUAAAAUGGGAA